AUGGAGUCCAGCAGUCAGCAAAGCCUAUGGAAAGAUGUGGAGGAGGGGAAAGAGAAAAAAGCCAAGCACCGAGCCCUCCAGCGAGCCGCUCUGCUUCUGGUCCUUGUCUUCGUCAUACUGGCCCUCUGUGCUUUUAGCAUGAGAUACCUGUGGAGCCCCAGCCUGGGAAAGGUCUAUGACCAUCAUUACAAAGCAGUGCUGGACGGUGUGGAGACAGACAGCAUGAUGGAAAUUGACCCCGCCCACCGCGUGGAGGUCUUCAGAAUGGGGAACGGCAGCAAGGAGGUGGUUGAGGUGCACGACUUCAAAAAUGGAAUCACUGGGAUCCGGUUUGCCGAACAUCAGAGGUGCUACAUCAGGGCUCAGACCAGAAAGAUCCCCACGGUGGCUGAGGUGGAAGCGGAGGACAGAGAUUUGGCGGUGGAUACCAUGGAUACCAAGGUUGAAGACUCCCAUGUGUGGGUUCCUGCUGAGGAGCCCAUAGUUAACCCGGAGUUCCUCUUCAACUCCAAGAUCUGGGAGGUUUGCCAGCAGCUGCCCAUCCACUGGAUACAUCCGUCCCCCCUGACUGAGUCCAGUCUGAGGGACGUGGACACGCCUGACGUCGAGGUCGCAGGUCACCGCUUUGCCCGUGACGUCCUGGACCACCCCGCAGUCAACGACUAUAGAGAUGUCGGAAUCGAGCUGGAUCAUCGUCUGGACGAACGAGGCUACUGCUGCCAGUACUGUCGCCGUGGUUACCGCUACUGCCGCCGCUACCACGAGCCCCUGGGUGGUUUCAACCCGUGGCCCUACUACUACCAAGGGGGCCGCGUCAUCUGUCAGAUCGUCAUGCCGUGUAACUGGUGGAUCGCACGCAUGCUGGGGAGGAUCUGA